CAUGUCCGGCGGAGACAGCUGUUCUCCAGCAUUUCUGGAGGGAUGCCAAGUCCUUCCUUAAGACAAAUAAGCAUUCCAGAAGGUUUGGGCUACCUGACCAUUAUGGCACCAAGAAACCUCUGGCACCUGAGAAGUAACUUUCUCUUUGGUUCAAGAAGGAUGAUCCAAUUUUCAGCAGAAAUCCUCUUCAAAUCAGUUUCAGUUAGGCUUUUUGGUGUAAAGUGUAGUAAUGCAAACAAAGAGCCUUUGGAGAAUGAGGACCUAUUGAACAACUUACUUACUAUGGGAGUAGAUAUUGACAUGGCAAAGAAACGACAGCCUGGAGUUUUUAAUAGAAUGGUUACUAAUGAGCAGGACCUGAAGAUGUUCCUUCUAUCCAAAGGAGCUAGUAAAGAAGUGAUUGCUAGCAUCAUAUCAAGAUAUCCACGAGCCAUAACACGUACUUCUGAAAGUCUUUCAAAACGGUGGGAUCUUUGGAGAAGGAUUAUGACAUCAGACCUUGAAAUUGUAAAUAUUUUGGAACGUUCUCCCGAAUCCUUUUUUCGGUCCGAUAACAACCUAAACUUAGAGAAUAAUAUAAAGUUUCUCUACUCAGUUGGAUUGACCCGUAAAUGCCUUUGUCGAUUGUUGACCAAUGCCCCUCGUACUUUCUCCAAUAGUCUUGAGCUGAACAAACAGAUGGUUGACCUUUUGCAGAAAGUCUGUUUGUCAUUGGGUCACAAUGAUCCUGCAGAUUUUGUCAGGAAGAUAAUUUUUAAAAACCCUUUCAUCUUAAUUCAGAGUACCAAGCGGGUGAAAGCUAACAUUGAAUUUUUACAGUCAACUUUCAACUUGAACAGUGGGGAACUGCUUGUUCUGAUAUGUGGUCCAGGAGCUGAAAUCCUAGACCUUUCCAACGAUUAUGCCAAAAGAAACUAUACAAAUAUCAAAGAGAAGCUGCUUUCUCUUGGAUGUACUGAAGAAGAGGUACAGAAGUUUGUCUUAAGCUAUCCAGAUGCGAUCUUCUUGGCAGAGAAAAAGUUUAAUGAUAAAAUAGACUGCCUCAUAGAAGAAAAAAUUUGCAUUUCACAAAUAAUUGAAAAUCCUCGGGUUCUGGAUUCAAGCAUAAGUACUUUAAAAAGUCGAAUCAAAGAAUUGGUAAAUGCUGGCUAUAACUUGAGUGCAUCAAACAUCACUCUUCUGUCUUGGAGUCAAAAAAGAUAUAAAGCUAAAUUGAAAAAGUUAAGCAGUUAGAACAUUGUUCAGGGACUUUUAAAAAAUCAGUCAUAUAGUGAUAUUUUAUUUUGAAUUUGGGCCUUUCAGAAAGGACAGUUGAUUUUUUAACUUCAGAUACAUACAUAGUGAUCCUUUGGCUAUUUGGCUUUAUAGAUUAAUAAAAACUCUUGGUAUGCUGAAGUAUCGUCCUCUUAGCUGUCUCUUCUCUAGUUUGAAUUAAUGCAACAUACCAUUAGAUGAUACAGGCUAUGGCUGCUUUACAAAUGGCAGUUCCUCAGUGUCAAGGCAGAACAAUGUGUAGGAAAAUAGAAAGUACAAAAUAAGCUUUGUUUUUUCUGUUCAGAUUAAAAAAUUGACAGACUCAUUUAGGUAGUUAUAUUUCCUCUCAUGAUUUCGAAUGGCAACCUGCUUCUCCUUUCUUUAGUGUCUGUGGUUCAUGUUAAAAAGUAGAAUGCCAGUAAAAAUAGUAAAAGUCUGACAAAGUAGAAAGGAGGGAUUUUUCAUCCCAAGUUUUACAUUCUCCAUUUAAACCGUUAGUGUGCUUUCUCCACUUCCCCCAGGAUUUACUAUUGGUGUAUCCUGAUUUCUUUGAAGACAAGGGCAACUGUAGUAAGCAGAAUAAUGGCCACCUAAA